AUGCUCCAAAAAGUUCAGAGCCCACAUAUGCCCCAAGGUCCCUCCUUGCAUUCAAAAUUCCAAAUGUCUUCAAAUGCACCCAUAGAAACCAGUUUCCAAAUGCCUCAAGAGCCCGAAAAGAAUUUUCCUUUCCAAGUGUGUCAGUGUCCCCUAGUGACCCCAAGAAGUCCAAUGCAAUCAAGUCUUUCAGUCCUUAAAAGGGACUUAGGUCAGCAAGAGUCCCAAAGUCCAUCAAGACAAUCAAGUAUACAAAUGCAACCAGGUCCUGUAAUGGACCCAGGUUUACCAACUCUGAGAAGCCUCUUAGUGCGUCCAAGUCAUCAGAUACCUUCAAGAUCCUCACUGAGAUCUAGACGCCAGCGUUCUCUAAGACCUAUGGUGCUGUCUGCUGAAUAUGGUGACCAACAAACCAGCCCCUUGGCUCCAAAGAAGCAUCGGACAACACGCACUGUAUACUCCCCAAAACAAAAACGCCUGUUGCAAAACCAUUUUCAUCACUGUGCCAUACACCCAAAACGGGAGCAACGCAUGGUGCUGGCAUUAUUGAUUGGUGUGACAGUGAGCAAGAUCCAGAUCUGGUUCAAGAACUACCGGGCUAUGUUAAAGAGGAAGAAUCUCCAGAAUGUCCCAGCAGCAUUGCCAGAGAGCAAUGGAAGCUCUGAAGUUGUUUCUGAGGCAACCCAUUUUCCUGAUUCUUUAUCUGUUGUUGCUUCUGCCAAUAGACAGUCCAUGUGUUCAGGCACAUUUGGUGAGGAUUCCGUUCCCAUCAACGGCAGCCAGGAAUCUUUUCUCCAUCAUGACCAGGCUUGUGAUGGUUCCAGGUUUAGUCAGCAAGAAUAUCUGCCUGUUAUAGCUGGGGACUCUGGUCAAUCCAUAACAGUUGAAGUCCAGACCUACCUAGCAGUAGCCGAAGCUCCAGUUGGCCUGGCAGCUGCUGCCCAAGGCCCAAAGGAUGCUCAAGGUCGAGGUCCAUCUGCAGAGGAGCUUUGGCAAAGGAUCCUUGAAGAUUUUGAUAAUUCGGAUGACUGGCUUAGUAUGUCAUACCAUCAAGACUGCAAGUAA